AUGUGUCUGGGAAAAGUUACAACAAACUGGCGAUCAGCUGCUUCGAUCAUUCUAGCGUGCAAAUCGUCACGUCGCGUACUUAUGCUCAAACGAGGAGACACUGCAAAAUUCAUGCCGAAUACAAUGGUGUUUCCCGGUGGAGUGAUAGACAAGUAUGAUUCGAAGUUAGGCGAUGAAUUUAGAAUUGCUGCUGUCCGAGAACUUUUCGAGGAAUCCGGAGUACUCUUGACGAAAAAUGGAUGGCAAACAUCUGCGAAUAAUCCAGAAAUGACAAGUUUGAAAGCAGAAGUUGUUAGUGAUGCAUCGAAAUUUCAAAAACUUUCCCAAUCUGUUUGCUCUGAUAAACUCAUUGAAUGGACCACUUUUAUCACUCCCGCAAACUAUCCACGAAGGUUCCUAACAAAGUUUUAUCUCGUCCUAAUUGACGAUGAACCAGCAAUUGACUUGUGUACUUCUGAAAUGUCAGAAUAUAGUUGGAUUGAUCCGAAAGAUUGUGUAGCUGAAGCAUACUCGGGAAAGUAUGCAUUGCCACCACCACAAGUAUACGAGCUCACUCGUCUUGCUCAAAUUAAAGACUGGGAUUAUUGCGACAAGUACGGAAAUAUCAAGAAGCCGAUAUGUCCACAACCCAUAAAAACAAUCGGAGAAAACAUGAUCACCAAUUGUUUCCCGGGAGACCACAUGUAUAUUGACGAAAAUUGCUUCCAACAGCCUCUCCGUCAACUAUCAGCAGACCGCGUGACUGUUUCGCCCACUCUUCCGACUCAUCGGGUCACCUACUACUCAGAACCAAUGUAUGGAAAAGUUCGUGUCUACCAGCAUCUUCUGAAACCAGCUGAUAUCGCAGCUUUUCACCAAUUUGAAACUCAUUCAAAAGAUUUGUUGUGA